UCCGGGCUGGGGGCAGCAGGACUUUCUCCACAACUUUAUUUCAGAGUUUCUGAAAGAACCGGAGCAGAAACUGAGGGUUUAUUUGAUGUUCCGCAGAAAGAAGGAGGCUUUCCCCGGGUUCUCGGUCAGCUUUGAGGGUCUCCGGGGUUUGGCGGAGGGUUUGUUUGUUUCGGGCUCCAGAAGUUAGGAAGACCUGAAAAUGUCGCAGGCGGAGCGGGAAGAGCCCCCCCAGGAGUCUGGAGACAGGGUCCAGCCCGGCCCCGUCAACCCCAGGGCGGUGUGCAAGGUCUGCCAGCGGCUGUACCGGGAGCCCAAACUGCUGCCCUGCCUGCACACCUUCUGCUCGGACUGCAUCGAGCGGCUGGAGCCCUUCUCCCGGCGCGGCCCGGCGGAGGAGGCCCGGCCCGGGGCCGCCGUCACCGUGCUCUGCCCGGACUGCGACUCCGAGGUGGACCUCCCCCGGGCCGGGCCGGCCGGCCUGACCACCGACCACCUGGCCCUGGACGAAGUCUUCCUGGAGACCCUGGUGACGGACGGCCCGCUGGGCUGCGACCUGUGCGGGGAGCCGGGAGCCGAGGGGCGGUGCGAGGAGUGCUGCGUCAACCUGUGCGAGUUCUGCUGCCAGGCGCACAGGCGCCAGAGACGGACGGCGUCUCACUCGGUCCAGGGUCUGGAGGAGCUGAAGGCCGGCGGCCGUCUCUGCCGUCCCGUCCUCUGCUCCGUCCACCCGGGACAGGAGCUGCGGCUGUUCUGCCAGCCGUGCGACCUCCCCGUCUGCCCGGAGUGUGCCGCCACGCUGCACCGGGACCACCGCUGCUGCCCCGCGCACGACGUCAUCGAUCGCCAUGGAGACCGCAUCCGAGAGCUGGUCUCCGCCCACCUCAGGCCCCGCCUGGAGCGGCUGGAGGAGAACCUGAGGAAGGUGGACAUCUCCCAGGAUGCUUUGCAGGCUCGAGUCGAUUCAGCAGCCAGUGAGGUGAGGGCUUUCGCACGAGGCUACGCCUGCGCCGUGGAGGCCCACUGCCUGACCCUGCUGCGCCGGCUGGAGGACAUCCGGGCUCAACGCAGGACCCAGCUCCACCUGCAGAGGGCGCAGCUGCAGCAGGCGCUGCUGGACGUCCGGGGCGCCGUGGAGUUCGCCGAGCGGCUGCUGAGCUGCGGGUCCGACGCCGAGAUCCUCAGCGCCAAAGGAGUGACCCUGAGACGCCUGGCCAGCCUGGCGGAGGGCGGCCGCGACCCCCGGCCGGCGCCGGCCCCCGAGGAGGCCGCCGCCCUCAGCUUCCUGCCCGCUGAGCCGGCGGGGGAGGUGCAGGGAUACCCGGUGGUGGGCGUGAUCCGCUGCCAGGCGGUGGACGUCAGCAGGUGCAGCGUGGAGGGCGAAGGUCUGCAGAGCGCCACCGUGGGCCAGCGGGGACACUUCACCCUGGUGUGCCGGGACUCGGCCGGGCAGCAGGUGGCGCGAGGCGGGGAGCACGUCCUGGUCAGCGUGGUGCACAAGGAGAAGAGGAGCUGCACGGUGGAGGCGACGGUGUCGGACCGCGGCGAUGGAUCCUACAGCGUGACGUUCACACCGGAGGAGGCGGGGCCACACUCUGUGUGGGUCUGUGUCAGGGCCCAGCACGUGAAGGGCUCGCCGUUCUCUCUGACCGUCCAGAGGAAGUUCCGGCGCCACGGCGGCACGUUCCACUGCUGCUCCUUCUGCUCCAGCGGAGGCGACCGGGAGGCUCGCUGUGGCUGCCCGGGAACCAUGCCAGGAGGAUUUAAAGGCUGUGGCCACGCCCACCAGGGCCAUCCCGGGAAGCCUCACUGGUCCUGCUGCGGCAGCACGGUGGAGUCGUCCGAGUGCCUGCCCCUCAGCGUGCUGGCGGCGGUGUCGCCUCGCGCCCACCUGCGAACCGUGGAGCUCUGACGGCGCCCGGCGGCGAGCGCCGUACCGCCCCGGAGCGCAGCGGCCUGGAGGCCGGCGCAGCAGGGAGCCGAGGACCGGCAGCUGAGAAUCUCUGAAUGCUGUAAUGACUCCGCCUCCCGAAGCUCAUCUGUCACACACACAGGAAGAACUCACGCUUAGUUUAUGUUCAAGGCCACGUCAGGAGGAAGCAGCAGGAAGUACCAGGAAGCAGCAGGAAGUACCAGGAAGCAGCAGGAAGUACCAGGAAGCAGGAGGAAGUGCCAGGAAGCAGGAGGAAGCAGCAGUUUGCUCUGGGAAUGCCAGCUGGAGGUUUCACCUCCAGUCAGGAGACCACUGUCAGAUCCUGGACCCGGGACCUGGACCUGGAUCCUGGGUCCUGGAAAGAGGACUGAGAGGUCAAACAACAUGUUGCCUUUUUAUAUAUGUAACUCAGGAGUGUCAAACAUAAGGCCUGUGGGCCAAAACCGGCCAGUGAGAGAUUCUAAUCCGGCCAAACUCCCAAGCAAACACUGGAGAGAGCAGAUUUUUAAACACAUUUCCCCAGAGAGGAGAACACGACACGACACGACACGACACGACACGACACGACACGACACGACACGACACGAGGAGCUGAGCUGAGAGAUCAGUGAUGCUACUACUGACACAACUACUGACAGGUCUACUGACUGCCCCCCAUGCGGCGGUCAGUAGAAAGGUGUUUGUGGUAAAUGAAGGCUUCACCUGAAGCUUUCUUCACUUGUUGCCACCGAGUGAAGCAAAGAGCUGAAGGCAGAAGUCUGGAAGCACAGACUGUCAGUGAGACGGUGUCAGUCAGUCUCUUCACAGUGUCAGUCUCUUCACAGUGUCAGUCAGUCACAGUGUCAGUCUCUUCACAGUGUCAGUCGGUCACAGUGUCAGUCAGUCACAG